UCUCACAUCCACAGACAUUUUCAGAGGCAGCUAAACGGUCUGAACAGCACUUUUGACGUCAGGAAUAAUCAUUAUACAGCUUUCUCUCUCAUCCGGGUCUUCUUGUCCUCCUCUUCUCUCGUGCUUUUAACAUUUAGUUCAUCCACAGCAGCGGCGGCUUAGAGCCUUAACGACAACCACAGCAACACAAAUGCAUACAUGUAAAGAGGAAGUGCGGCUGGAGGAGCACCGGCCGUGAAUCCACCAGCUCCGAUCUGCUGCAGGUUAUUGUUUCACUUUUUGUCUGCCCUGAAAUAUCGGAGAGGAUGUUUGCGUUCCAGCUCAACAAGUCUCUCUUAUUUUUCACACAUUAACUGUGGAUGGCUGCGGAAUGGAGAUAGCCUUGGUGAGUUUUGAGAACGGCGGCGCUAAAGGGAGCGGUGGCGGCGGCGGCGGGAACAAUGCCGAGGAGAGCUGCCGGAACGCGCUGAACGUUCCUCAGUCGGGCUUCGUUCAAACUGGGCUCGGAGAGGACUACGGUAAAGAGCUGAAUACCCGGGGGAGUCCUCAGCAGCAUCAUCAUCCUCAGCAGCAGCAGCAGCAACAGAGCUCCUGGAAAAUCAACGACAUGAACAACACUUUCAGCUGCAGCGAGAACGCCAUGGAUGCGCUUUUACGCGCGGACCACAGUCCCCAUCUGUUCGACGAGGACAUGCUGGACAUGGACAUGGACACGGAGAGCAACGAGAGGGUGCUCAUCAACAUAGCAGGGCUCAGGUACGAGACCCAGCUGGGCACCUUGAACCAGUUCCCUGAUACUUUACUGGGAGACCCCGCCAAGAGGAUAAAAUACUUUGACCCGCUCAGGAACGAGUACUUUUUUGAUCGCAACAGACCGAGUUUUGAUGGGAUUUUGUAUUUUUAUCAGUCGGGAGGGAAAAUCAGGAGACCUGUCAAUGUGUCAAUUGAUGUGUUCGCGGAUGAGAUUAGGUUUUAUCAGCUGGGGGAGGAGGCCAUGGAGAGGUUCCGUGAGGAUGAGGGGUUUAUAAAAGAGGAGGAAAAGCCGCUGCCUCAGAAUGAGUUUCAGAAGCAGGUCUGGCUCAUAUUUGAGUAUCCGGAGAGCUCCAGUCCGGCGCGGGGCAUCGCCAUCGUGUCUGUGAUUGUCAUCACCAUAUCCAUCAUCACCUUCUGCCUGGAGACGCUGCCAGAGUUCAGGGAUGAGAGGGAGCUGCCGGUCACCAGCCGGCUGGACAACAGCACCGCGGUCCGGCCGUCCCUCACCUUCACAGACCCCUUCUUCAUCAUAGAGACCACGUGCGUCAUUUGGUUCACUUUCGAGCUGUUCGUGCGCUUCUUCGCGUGCCCAAGCAAGUCGGAGUUCUCCAAGACCAUCAUGAACAUCAUCGACAUCAUGUCCAUCAUGCCUUACUUCAUCACAGUGGGCACGGAGCUGGCGGAGCAGCAGGGUCAGGAGCACCAGAACGGACAGCAGGCCAUGUCCCUGGCCAUACUGAGGGUCAUCCGUCUGGUCCGGGUCUUCCGGAUCUUUAAGCUCUCCAGACACUCCAAGGGCCUCCAGAUCCUGGGGCAGACUCUUAAAGCCAGCAUGCGGGAGCUCGGCCUCCUCAUCUUCUUUCUCUUCAUCGGAGUCAUCCUCUUCUCCAGCGCCGUGUUCUUUGCUGAGGCGGACGAGCCGGAGUCCCACUUCUCCAGCAUCCCCGAUGCCUUCUGGUGGGCCGUGGUCACCAUGACCACCGUCGGCUACGGCGACAUGAGGCCGGUGACGGUGGGGGGGAAGAUCGUGGGCUCCCUAUGCGCCAUCGCCGGUGUGCUCACCAUCGCGCUGCCGGUGCCGGUCAUCGUAUCAAACUUCAACUACUUUUAUCACAGAGAGACGGACCAGGACCAGUCCUCGCUGAAGGACGAGCCGAACAGCGUCCGAGCGAGCCCGGAACUGAAGCGCAAAGAGAGUAAAUCAUCAGCCAAGCAGGACGCGGAGAACAACGACGGGGCCGCUUCUGUGGAGAAGGCGAAUAUCAAAGCCAACAGCAGCAUGGACUUCAAGAGAUCCCUUUACGCAUUCUGCUUGGACACACGGGAGACGGACCUGUAGUCCCGCAGUCGUCUUCCUCACUUUUUAAAAACUAUUAAAGCCCAUAGUUGUGUAGAAUAAACCCCUAUUAAUGGGCUCUUAAGUCUUUGCACAUAGCAGUCGGAGGAUCAACACAUUGUAAUCCUGAAAAGUUUUAAGAGCGAUGGGGGUUGAUUUAUUAAAAGCACAUUUUAAUCCCCCUCCUCUGGUAAGCACAUCAGUUAGUGGAAUAAAACGGAGGAGUUAUGAACAAUCCACAGUGCAUGCGAUGCAACACAGUAGCCCUUUAAAGUAGGAACACCUAAAGAACAUUAAAUGAAACUCAUGGAGAAACCAGUGCGAAAAAUAGGACAUGUAGCCCGUCCUGCAGAUAAUCAAGGACAGGCUGAACUUGGAAUAAUUACUUGACAUCCCGAGAGGAUUACCAGGGGACCAACCAGACUCUUGUACAUAUUGUAGGAAGCAGUCCAUAUUCAGUAGUUCAACAAAAGAAAAAGCCAAAUUUAUCUACCCUACAUUUAGUCAUUAUGUUUACACUGAAAAGUUGCAGCAAACAUGUACAUAUUUCCCACAGGCCUAACUAUUUAUGAAUUGGAUUAUGCUGUUAUUGUAGAUUUGGAGAAAAAACAAGUAUAUUUUUGAGACGCAGACACCUGUACUCCUCCACUCAGGUUCUGUCAAAGAAGAGAUUCUUUCCCUUUUCUAAAUGAGAGUGGAUUCACUCUCAGAGGACCUAAAAGAGAAGAUUUUUUUUGAUGUUGAACGACAGCCUUGUUUAUGAUAAUUUUAUUAAAGAACAUUUUUUUAUUUUUCAAAAAAAAGGACAUAAUAUGGAAGUAAACUGAGGGAAUGACAGCCAAGAAAAGAGGAUAGCGCAGAGACCAUCUGGAGAGCUCAAGCAACACAGA